GGCAGAAAGAGCAGUUGCCUUGCCAGCUGAUUUUGUUUUGGUUUAACUUUGAAGUCGCAAUUGAAAAUAAUGAAAGUAGUUUGGUAACUUUCAGUUACCUUUGCUAAAUUACAAUGUUACUUGCGCUCAAACAAUCGCGAUUGUGCAAAACAAGUGCCAUUAUUCGAAGGAAGUCCAUUUCCGGUGAAGCUAGCAGUGUUUUAAGUGAAAAUUUGUCUUGUCACAAAUGGUGGUUGGCGGAUGGCUUUCGUUCAUUCAGCUCGGGUUCCCUGAAAUUGCAAUCAAGAGGUGAAGAUUUCGAGCAAUUUGGUUUGAAGUUCGAUUCCAUUACUAGCACCCCGCCGAAAAAUGCCCGAGUUGUCAUUUGCGGAGGCGGUAUCAUGGGAGCGGCCGUUGCCUAUCAGUUGGCUCAACGCGGCUGGGGACCACACACAGUGCUCAUUGAAAAAGGCCGAAUCGGAGAAGGAAACCCUUGGCAUUUCAGUGGCCUGCUUGGAGAGCUGAAGCCAACUUAUUCGCAGGUUCUCCUGGCUCAGACGUCGCUUGAUCUGAUCAAGGAGUUCGACCAGAAAGGAUUGCCAACAGGAUGGAAGCAAACCGGAUCGUUGAAUUUGGCACGGACUCGUGACCGGAUGACGAUGUUUCGGAGGAUGAAAUCUUCCAGUGUCUCUUGGAACGUUGAAUGUGAACUCGUUUCACCAGAGAGAUGCAAAGAAUUGUGUCCCAUAAUCGAAACGGAUGAUCUGGUCGGUGGUCUGUGGAUCCCCAAUGAUGGUAUCGGCAAUCCCAAUGCCUUUUGCCAAAGUCUAGUCAAGGAAUCAUUGGACAAAGGUGUUUCAGUUGUAGAAAAUUGUCCGAUUACAAAAAUUGUUCAGCAGGAUGGACGAGUCAAGGCUGUUGAAACUGUUAAUGGAGCAGUGGAGUGCGUUUAUUUUGUAAAUUGCGCAGGGUUCUGGGCUCGUCAAGUUGGCCAACUAUCAGAACCUUAUGUUAAAGUUCCACUUCACGCAGCUGAACACUAUUAUCUGCACACGAAACCGAUGUACGAAUUAACGUCCAGCAUUCCGGUGGUUAGAGAUCUCGAUGGACACAUCUACUUCCGGGAAAACAAUGGCUGUCUUUUGGCAGGAGGUUUCGAAACCAAAGCGAAGCCCGCCUAUGAAGACGGUGAGGUCCCAUCAAACAUUGCGGAGAGAAAACUGCACGCAGAUUGGGACCAUUUCCAUCCUUUGCUAGAGCAGCUUCUGUAUCGCAUUCCAAAUUUGAAAAAUGCUACCUUGGAACGUUUGUCUAAUUGCCCGGAAGCGUUCUCGCCCGAUUGUAAGUGGAUUAUUGGAGAAGCACCGGAGAUUCAAAAUUAUCUAGUCGCAGCCGGAAUGAAAACAAUUGGAAUGUCUGCAGCAGCAGGAGUUGGAAGAGCAAUUGCUGAUAUAAUUACGCAAGGAUAUUCGACAGUUGAUUUGCAUGAGCUGGACAUCUCGCGUUUUCUGGGGCUGCACAAUAAUCGCAAAUUUCUGAGAGACCGCGUUCGAGAGGUUCCCGGAUUGCACUACGAUCUUAACUAUCCGUUUUAUGAAUUUAGAACGGGGCGUAACCUCAGGAUGUCACCCAUUUUCCCUGCUUUGAAAGAAGCGGGUGCCGUUUUCAGUCAAGUUAUGGGCUACGAGCGGCCAGCUUGGUUCGACAAAAAGAACUCACUCGAUGAGAAAGGUAUUCCCAAGUUCCGGAUAGCCUCAACGGAUGGUUUCGGGAAGCCGCACUGGUUCGAAAAUGUGCAAAAUGAGUACGAAGCGUGUCGAGAGCAGAUUGGACUGAGUGACUACAGUACGUUCACUAAAAUUGAUCUUUGGUCCAAAGGAAGGGAAGUUGUAGAUCUGCUACAGUAUCUCUGCUCGAAUGACAUCGAUCAACCAGUCGGUUCAAUUAUUCACACGGGAAUGCACAAUCGCCAUGGUGGCUACGAGAAUGAUUGCUCUUUGGCUAGGCUUUCAGAAAAUCACUACAUGAUGAUUGCUCCGACAGUUCAACAAGCUCGUUGCAAAGCGUGGAUUGAUCGACAUCUUCCAUCUGGGGGCAGAGUUAGCGUCUCAGACGUAACAUCCAUGUAUACUGCCAUUUGUAUCAUGGGACCAUUUACUCGGAUUAUGCUGUCUGAGUUGACCGAUACAGAUCUGUCUCCGAAAAACUUUCCGUUUUUCACCUGUAAGGAGCUUGACGUUGGUUUGGCCAAUGGCAUCCGAGCAUUGAACCUAACGCACACCGGCGAGCUGGGCUACGUUUUGUACAUUCCGAACGAAUUCGCCCUGCACGUGUACACGAAACUGAUGGAAGCGGGCCAAAAGUACGGGAUCAAACACUGCGGGUACUACGCGAUGCGUACGCUUCGAGUGGAGAAAUUCUUUGCAUUCUGGGGUCAGGAUCUGGACACGUUUACCACGCCAUUGGAAUGUGGUCGAAUGUGGCGCGUUAAGUUUGAUAAAGGAGUCAAUUUCAUUGGCCGGGAUGCGUUGUUAGCUCAGCGAGACAAAGGCGUUGAACGUAUGUACAUUCAGCUGCUGAUCAACGACCAUGACCCGGAAAUAGACCUUUGGAGUUGGGGAGGCGAGCCCAUCUACAGGAAUGGAGUCUACUGUGGACAAACCACAACAACAGCCUACGGGUUCACAUUCAAGAAACAGAUCUGUCUCGGUUUUGUGAAGAAUUUAGACUUUAAAGGAAAGCCACUUCCGGUGACGAACGAGUACGUACUGAGUGGCGAUUACGAGGUGGAAAUCGCAGGGGUUCGAUAUCCGGCAAAAGCCAAUCUGCACUCGCCGAAUCUGCCCACCAAAUUUCCGGACAAAGAGCGGGAAGCGUACAAAGCCACCCGAGACAAACCGGACGAUACGAAUCUACUUGCUUAUAGCAAAUCAUAGGCCACAUUUUCACAAGCUCUUUUCGGAAUGCGUAUGAUGUGCCCCUACCAUAACCCGAUUUGGAAUCAAACCACUCUAUCAGGAUGGGUGUGAAAUCUGCGUUCCGAAUCAAUCGCAUCGCAGCAUUGUGAUUUGCGUCCGUGUGUCUCCCUAUCGCAAUGUUUGUGGACGCUUGAGGGUGCAAACGACAAUACCAUUUUCCGUGUACGUUUGAUUGAAGUACGUGCAUUUUGUUUUGAAAUAAUCAAUUUACAAUGUUAUUUUAAUUUUAGUUUCAAAAGUGUAAAAUAAAUUUGUCUUCCAGUUUUUUUUUUGCCGUAAAUAAAGUUUAAUGUUUUUUUUAAUGUUCAUCGAAAGAACGAUAACCGAAUAAAAGUAGCCAUCAUUA